GAAGACGGGAAGAUCAGGAGAAGAAGAAACAACAUUUCUUGUUCUCCCUCUUUUUCAAGUUUAGAUUCUGCUUUCUUAUCAAAUUUGACCUUGAUCAGUGACUUGAAGCACUAAUCAUGAGACUUGGAGUCCUGGCGUUUCUGGUUCUUGGAACCUGUUCUUUAAGAGCCUGGUGUGUGCCGCUGAAAUCUGUGUAUGUGGCGUUCCCUCGAGAUGUAAUCAGGAACAUGACAGACAUACAGCUGGCAGAUGAGUACCUGAAGCGUUAUGGCUACACAGAUGUUCUCCAGAAGAGUGGACUGCCGGAAGACAUGUCCAAUUCUAAAGCACUGAGGAAGCUCCAGAGGCAGCUCGGACUGGAUGAGACGGGCUCGCUUGACAAGGCCACGGUUGAUGCCAUGAAGCAGCCUCGCUGUGGGGUCCCAGACAUCCGCAACUAUCAAACUUUCACAGGAGACCUGAAGUGGGAUAGCAAGGAUGUUUCAUACAGGAUUUUGAACUACUCACCCGACAUGGACGCCUCUGUGAUCGAUGACGCCUUUGCCAGAGCUUUCAAAGUAUGGAGUGAUGUUACCCCUCUGAAGUUCACGCGCCUCUUUGACGGCACUGCUGACAUCAUGAUCUCUUUUGGGAUAGGAGAUCACGGCGAUCCCUACCCUUUUGAUGGGAAAGAUGGGCUGCUGGCUCACGCCUAUCCUCCAGGUAAGGGAAUACAGGGGGAUGCCCAUUUUGAUGAUGAUGAAUACUGGACCCUCGGCGCUGGACCAGCGAUUAAGACCUACUAUGGUAACGCAGAGGGUGCACUGUGUCACUUCCCCUUCCUGUUUGAGGGAAAAUCUUACUCCAGCUGCACCACAGAGGGGCGCACAGAUGAUCUCCCCUGGUGCGCAACCACAAAAGACUUUGACAAGGACAAGAAAUUUGGCUUCUGCCCCAGUGAGCUUCUCUUCACAUAUGCCGGAAACAGCGAUGGAGCACCAUGUACUUUCCCCUUCGUGUUUCUGGGGGUGAAAUAUGACAAAUGCACUACAGAUGGACGAAAUGAUGGGUAUCGCUGGUGUGCCACUACAGCCAACUUUGACACUGAUAAGAAGUAUGGUUUCUGCCCUAACAGGGAUACAGCCGUGAUUGGUGGUAAUUCAGCAGGUGAACCAUGCCAGUUUCCUUUCACCUUCCUUGGAAACCAAUACUCUGCUUGCACCAGUGAAGGCCGUAGUGAUGGAAGACUCUGGUGUGCAACUACCAGCAAUUUUGACACAGAUACAAAAUGGGGAUUUUGCCCUGAUAAGGGAUACAGUCUGUUUCUAGUGGCUGCUCAUGAGUUUGGACAUGCGCUUGGUUUGGACCACUCCAACAUCAAAGAGGCUCUGAUGUAUCCCAUGUACAGAUACAUAGAGGAUUUCUCUCUGAAUCGUGAUGAUAUUGAUGGCAUGCAGUAUCUUUAUGGACCUAAUAUUGGCCCUAAUCCCACUCCUCCAGAACCACAGUUCACCACUUCCUCUUCGAUUCUGCCAACUAAAUCCACCCCUAGUGAGAAAACAACCACUGUUUCUACCACAAUUCAUGUAGACCCUUCACAGGAUGUCUGCCAAAUCAAUGAAUUUGAUUCUAUCACUGAAAUACAGAAAGAGCUUCAUUUCUUCAAGGAUGGGCACUACUGGAAGAUCUCAAAAAAAGGAGAACGCGAAGGUCCUUUCUUGACAUCUAAGAAGUGGCCUGCCCUGCCAAAGGUCAUUAACACUGCCUUUGAGGACCAGCAAACACAGAAGAUCUACUUCUUUGCAGGAAAACAGUUCUGGGUUUAUACUGGAAAUGAGGUGUUUGGACCACGUAAAAUCGAGAAGCUCGGCCUGCCAAGCGACUUGGACAAAGUGGAGGGAGCCACGCAGAGAGGAAAAGGCAAGGUGCUGCUGUUUAAUGGAGAGAACUUCUGGAGACUCGAUUUAAAGGCUCAGACCAUAGACAAAGGAUACCCUCAAUUCACUGACGCAGUUUUUGGUGGAGUUCCCCUUGAUUCACAUGACGUGUUCCUCUACAAGGGAUCCUUUUACUUCUGCCGAGAGAAUUUCUACUGGAGAAUGAAUGCCAAAAGGCAGGUUGACCGAGUCGGUUAUGUGAGGUACGACCUCCUUAAAUGUGCACAGUGAAAGCGUCCAACAUCCUAACCUGAUGACAGAGCCCUUUUUAACAGGAAGAACAUUUCUCUUCAGUGUAAAAUGAAGUUAAGGAAGACAGAAUGUAUUAAAUUUAAAGUCUGUUAUGGAGAUUUGGUCUUUAACUGUUAUAGGGAAAGAACUGAUUUAGCACUGAAAGGAUCAUACUGUAGGUACAGUACAUGAAACAGGAUGUUUAGCAUAUUUGUCUGUCAGCUUUAAAGUGGUCUUAUAAUUUAUUUUCCGCUUACUCUAUAACUGCUUUGUUUAUGAUGAGUUUCUUAACAGCACAAUGAGAGAAACUAAUUUUGUUCUAUAAAACUGUAAUGAGGCACUGCCAGUCUAAUUCUAGGAAUUAAGUUUUUUUUUGUUAAUGUAUGUGGAGUCACCUCUGGGAAAAUUGUAGCAUAAAUGCAUUUGUUAACAAAGUAUCAUUUCUCAGUGUUGACCCCACUCAUAUGGUUUUUAAAGCAAAGGUUUAUUUUUAGCCUUAGAGCUAAUAUUGAGUUGUUAUUAAGUCCAGAUUUUGAUGUAUUGUGAAAUCAUUUGCCUGGUGUAAGUGAUAUAAUACUAUUAAUUUAAUGUUCCACAUUCCACUUAUUUAUAUUUGUAUUUGUUUGUUGCAUUGUGUAUGAUUACUCAAUAAAUGUGUAAACAAGACCAUUCA